CAGGCUGCUGUUCCUGCGGCUGUUUGUAUAUCUGUGAACUUUUAUUGUUGAUCGAGAUGUAAAUAUCCCAGAUGAGGGAGGGAAAAUCCCACUGAAGGAAGAGGAAGUCUUUUUUUUUCACUUCCUGAAGAUAUUUACUCUACUGCUUAUAUAAGGAGCUUGUUUUCUAGCGGGACUACCACAACCGGUCCUUUUUUUAAGAGCCAGCUGAGAUGAGCGGUCCAGAGGUCGCCAACACACCGGGAGGCGGAGCGCCGGGAAAGGAAGGGAAAGAGCCGGUGGCCAAUGGGCACGCAGGAGACGGACCCGAUGCCAACCCGUUUGCUGAGUACAUGUGGAUGGAGAACGAGGAGGAGUAUAACAGACAGGUGGAAGAGGAGCUGUUGGAGCAGGAGUUCCUGGAGCGCUGCUUCCAGGAAAUGUUGGAGGAGGAAGACCAGGACUGGUUCAUCCCUUCGCGUGACCUCAACAACCAGGGAGUCGGCCAGCUGCAGCAGCAACUCAACGGGCUGUCGGUCAGUGACCACCACAGCAACGUGGAGGAAGUGGCGAGGAAGAGCAUUUUGAAUCCUGAAGCGAAGGAAUUUGUGCCAGGGAUGAAAUACUAGAAGUCCCCCUCACCCCCAUGGAGCCUUCAUGCACACAUGAGCCCUUGCACAUCCAGAGACUCUUUACGGCCGUGGCCGCACACAUUCUUAUUGUUACACACACGCAAACACACACCGUACACACUUGAAGUCAGUGGCGUGCCGGUAGGCCCAGUUGGGGGGUGGGGGGAUUUCUUUCUUUUUCUUUUCUUUUUUCCUCUUUAAUCUUUUUAUUUUUGUUUUUUUUCUCGUAAACUGAGGGGCGCUGGGCCCCGCAGAUGCUAGCUCAUCGUUUGCAUUUCACGUGUCAUAUUUUCCGUUUUGCAGAGCAUGCAGAGCUCACUGUGGCUCCCUGGGAAUUGUGGCAGCUACCUGAGAGAGAUGCCAGGUCAAAACUUCAACAAAAAGGCUUUACAAGAAAUCUAAAACAGUUUGGAUCAACACUUGUAACUGCUUUAUUUUCAAUUUUUCUCUUUUUUCUCUAAAAUGAGCAAACACCAUUUUUUAGUAGGAAGAGGGUUUCAGCAACAGCAAGGCUAAAGAAGGACAAGAAUUUCAGGGGACUCCAGUGAGGUUCUGUGGCUGCUCUGCAAACUCAUCAGUCAUCAAAAUUCAUUAAAUCCGACAUACAAAAACUCCUGGUUACGUUGCAGCUCUUGUGCAUCUAGAGAUACGAGUUCACCUGAAGCUGCAGCAGCUCUGUUUCCUAACAAACCCAGACGCCUCCUGCCCUCCCCCGCCGUUCACCCCCACCCUGCCUGGCAGUUCAUUUCAUCCUGUCAGGGCAGACAUGGACAGCUGUAAUCGUGGAUGAGAAAUUUAUUUUUCAGAUUUUUAUAUAGAAAUCCAGGUUUAUCUUUUUGUCCAGCGCGUAAGAGCCGAGGUGGUUUAACGUCUAAAUCAUGCAUCAAGUUGAGUUUGUUGUUUAAAAAAAAAAAAAAGAGAUUCUAAUUGUUUAUUUUGCUAUCGGCUUCAUGCUUGGUUUCAGAUUGGGUUUAUUUGGGGACCAGCGUUGUUAUGGGAACGGGGGGGGAUGAAGGGGUGGAGGAGAUGGGUUUGCUUUGAAACACAGCCGCUGCCUCCUCCUGCUGGACCGGCUCGGUUCGUUCAGAUUUGGUGUCCAGAUCAGGUUCUCAAAAAUAGCUUCGUCUCCUUUUUUUUUUUUUCCUCCUUUCUUUCCACUUUGUGUAUUUGAGGACGAGGCGCUGGUUUCUACUGUGGUGUCCAAUUUGUCCUGGUAAAGUGGAGCAUUUGGUGGACAGUAUUGCAUCCCUCCAAUUCUUUUUAUUCCUACUCAAGGACAGAAUUUGUUUUUCUUCUCGACGAAGUUCUUCCUUCCGAACCAGAACUCCUGGUGUUCCAGGAUUUUCCGGAGUUUGUAUUGUUUGACUAUAAUAUCAGUUAAAUUAAAAGGAGAUACUUUUAGCUGCAGUCAAAAAUUACGACGUCCUGUUUUCUGAAAUCUGCCACGUCGACUUAUAAAUUCAGCGGCAGUGUCAUGGAGAAACCAUCAGAAUAUUUCACCACUGGGUAAUUGGUCGUCCUAUUGGCUCGUCUUGAUGCUGUUGCUGCCUGGAAACGCAGGGGUUCUGGUUUUCAGGUGGAACUUCCUCACAGUGUUGGACCGCAGCACCGAACAGCAACCUGGAGAAUGGAGAAGCCAGCGGGGACCGUCCGCCAGGUGGAUCGUACAACAUGAAAUCAUUUUUGGUGAUUUUUGUUUUGAGUUAGAUGACAGAAGCUGUUUAAAAAAAAAAAAAAAAAAA